AGCCUUCUCUUUACCAUAUAAAUCCAUUUCCUCAUUUCUUUAUUUAUUCCCUAUUAAAACCUCUUAUGCCAAAUACAUACCUUCUACACUCUACAAUAUAAAUUAUAAUAUGGCUCCAAAGAGCUUAAAAAUAUGCUCCGCCGUCCUUCUUCUUCUCAUCGUCCUCAUCGCCGCCGUCUUUCUGACUCUAUUCCUCACAAUCUUGAAACCCCGGCCUCCGGAGAUCACCACCCACCCGGCGAACCUCCACAACGUGACGUUCGGGGUGUUCCCGACUCUGACCCUGAACGCCACGCUGAACUUCACGAUCACCGUCAGGAACCCGAACCACGGCGACUGCGCGUACGACGGCUCAGUCGCCGUGGUGUACUACAGGGGAUCUCCGGUGGCGGAGAUCCCAUUGGGGCCCGGCGCCGUGCCGGCGAGAGGACGGCACGAUGUGGUCGCUCUCGCCGACCUCAGCGGGGACAGGGUCGUAAACAGCCCGGGCUUCUCGGCGGAUUACGGCGCCGGGCGCCUGAACUUCACGUCGGUGGCGAACAUGCCGGCGAGGGUUAGAGUGUUGAAGGCGUUCAAGAUUCAUUUGACGGUUGUGAUCGAUUGCGAGUUGUCUGUUUUGGUUUCUCCGCCGUACGAUGUUCGGUCCACUUGUACCUCAAAACUUAAGUUUUGAUAUUCCUUUGAAAUGUUUUUUUCCAAUGGGAUGACAUUUAUCUAAAUGGGGCUGUGUAAAAUUGAGGAUUCCUACACCUGUAAUUGUUCCGU